UCCUCCCUGCUACCACUAACAGAAGUGAGCAUGUCUCAGGGUCAGGAGAUCGCAAGCUGCACACAGGAACAACACUAUGCCCCCAGCAAGAGCCAAGGCCUGGAGGCUACACAGGUCUCCAAGGCUGUGGAGGAGACGUCUCCCUCCUCUGGUCCUCUGAUGCCUGGCAACAUGGAGGAAGCUCUGGCUGCUGGAAUACCCAGUGCUCCUCAGAGUGCCUACUCUUCUUACCCUCUCAAAGCCAUCUCACCAGGCAAAUCAGGUGAGGGCUCCAGCAGCCUAGAAAAGGAUAAUAGUUCUGCUUCUUCAUCAAAGUCCCUUUCCAACAUUGAGAAUUUCCCCAUAGACCCUCUAGAUGAGAAGGUGACAAUGCUGGUGCAGUUCCUGCUGCACAAGUAUCAAAUGAAAGAGCCCAUCACAAGGGCAGAUAUGAUUGAUGUUAUCCAAGAGUACAACGAUGAGUUCCCGGAGAUCCUCAAGAAAGCCUCUGAGCGCAUGGAGCUGGUCUUUGGUGUUGAUAUGAAUGAGGUAGACCCCACCAACCACAGUUAUGUCCUUGUCAACAAAUUGGGCCUCACUUAUGAUGAGAGGCUCGGUGGUGAGGACAGCAUGCCCAUGACCAGCCUCCUGAUAAUUGUCCAGGGUGUGAUCUUCAUGAAGGGCAAUUGUGCCACUGAGGAGGAGAUCUGGGAAGUGCUGAAUAUGAUGGACUUAUAUUCUGGGAGGAAGCACUUCAUUUUUGGGGAGCUCAGGAAGUUCAUCACCCAAGAUUUGGUGGAAGAGGAGUACCUGGAGUACCAGCAGGUGGCCAACAGUGAUCCUCCAUGCUACAAGUUCCUGUGGGGUCCCAGAGCCCACGCCGAAACCAGCAAGAUGAAAUUGCUGGAAUUUCUGACGAAGAUCCACGAGUCCGACCCUAGGUGCUUCCCAUCCCAGUGUGAGGAUGCUUUGCGAGAUGAAGCAGAGAGGGCCCGAGCUAGAUCCAGCAGCGCCCAUUCUGGUGCUAGAUCUCGCAGCUCCUCCCAGCCCUCUCAGCCCUUCCAACACUAGUGCUGGCAGGGGUAGAUUCCUAACUUUGUCCUUAAAAUUAGCAAAUGAAAAAAAAAAUAAAAUUAGCAAUCAAUCUUCUAAGUAGUGGGGGGCUGGGGUGUGGCUGUAGGGAACACAGUGUGUAACAUCUCUGUGUCCCUUGGUUAACACGGAGGUUUAUCUUCUUCAUGGGGGGAGUUUGGCUUCAAACGUUCUUCCCUUUAAUACACCAUUUUAUUAGCUUUAGAAUCUAAGUUUAUGAAUGACACUGGUCAUAUGUUUAUUACUAUUUAUGAAAUUUAAGAAUACCGGUUUUGCUUGUUUGUAAAACAGAUCUGUAAAAUGGACCAUUCUACUUUGUCUUUUGAAAAGGUCAGUGAUAUUCCAACAGGCAUUUUUUGGAAGUGUCAGCUCAGCAGUAAAAUAGUUGGGGUCAAGAAAAAAAAAACCCUAAAGCUGGUCAA